AGGAACAUGUACAGAGGAACUAUUCGGAUAUCGUUGCUCUUGUGUGGACGAUUACGAUGGGACAAAUUGCGAAAAGAAUACCAUAUGCCCUGACAGUUGGUUGUACGCGACCACGAAGUGUUUCCUUGUCAUAAAUUCAGCGGAUGCCGUUUCUUACAACAGCGCUCUUGAAGCCUGUUCUUCUCUCCCUCAUGUCACUUUGGGUAACGGGAACGAGUUCGCUCCUUCCAUGAUUAACAUAGAGAGCAUCGGAGAGUUCGAAGAAAUAAGACCUCACCUGUCAGGGAAAUAUGUCUGGAAUCACUGUGAAAGACCGGGAGAUCAGUGGAAUUGCUACAGAAAUCGAGAAGGGUCCUUAACUUCCUACCGAAACUGGGCCGCAGACCAACCGGAUAAUAAUCCUGGUGAGAAUUGUGCUCUGAUUUACGUGUCUGACGGGAAGAUGCAUGACUACCACUGCGAUGAAUCAGCAGCCGCUGUGUGUCAAGCCAUCAUAUAGGGGUAUAAGAGGGGCAAAACAAACACCAACAUAGUUAGAAUAUAGCUGGAGCAAGCCCAAGAUCUAAAGUAAGCACAAUAUGCUCUGAGUUUAGACUACUAAUACCAUGGUCACAUUUGCUCUACGGCGGCCGUACGGCGAGUCGAAACAGCCGUUUUAUUCAUUUUUACUACAACCAUCUAUAUGUAGCUGGGACAAGCAAAUGUUAAAACGGCUGUAUUCUACUCGCCAUAUGGCUGCCGUGAAACAAAUGUGACCAAAGUAUACUAAAGAAGAAAUUACAACCAGAACAAUAGUAUUUUUAUUUAUCAGUGUAUCAAUCGGCUUAUGCCUGUUAUUUUUUCUGAAUUGUUUGAUACAAUAUUUAUAUAAAUACAAUACGCGCCUCUUUUCUUUAUUUCAUUUGCCAAGACACAGGACCUGU